UGCUGGAGCCUAUCCCAGCUAUCUUCGGGCGGGAGGCGGGGUACACCCUGAAGUCGCCAGCCAACAUGCAGUUGGUCCUCAAAAUCUUUCAUUAGUUCAAUGUUCGACUGACCUGCAGCUACUACACUGAAAAAUACGGUGACCCUCGCCUAUGCAUCCUAUUGGACUCCUGUACAACUUUUUUUUCCCCUUCUUUUUUUGUGUGUGUGUGUGUGUGUAUACGUGGAGGAAGUCAUGGAAUUACUCCCAGUUGGACGCGCUCAAUUUAAGGGAUUAAACAGCGUGGACACAUCAGCAUGGUUGAAACAUCACAAGAACGAGUCUGCAGGAGAGGAGACUACAAAUAGCUGCUAGGCUCUUUAAGGGAACCCUGACGGUGGGGAGGUAGUAGACAGGCAGAACCCAUUAAGAGGCAGACUCAGGCGCUCCUACAGCCAACAGAAUGAGGAUCAAAUACGCCAUACCCAUCGUCUUCUUCGUCGCGCUCGUUAUCAUCGAGAAGGAGAACAACAUUAUCUCAAGGGUGUCGGAUAAACUGGCCUUGAAGCAGACCCCUCAGGCUCCGAUACACACCAGCAGAUCUGGGAACGCCCUGCCAAAGCGCAAUGUUUCAGUCACCUCCCUGGGCAAGCCUAGCUCAGCCUUCACGCUGAUGAAGCGGCACCUGGAGAAAUACAGCGAGCAUCAGCAGGCGGCGGCAGCGGUUACGAACGGCAGGAAAGACAUUCUCCUUCUGGCUACCACCAGGACUGGUUCCUCCUUUGUGGGGGAGUUUUUCAACCAGCAGGGCGAUAACAUGUUUUACCUCUACGAGCCGCUGUGGCAUGUGGAGAAGAUGCUGACGCUGGAGACGGGCGGCACCAACGCCACAGCCACCGCCAAAGCGUACUGCGACGUGCUUCGGCAGCUCUUCCUGUGUGACUUCUCACUUUUGGAGAGGUUCAUUGAACCCCUCCCAGUGGAUCACAUCACUGCCUCGCUCUUCCGCAGAGAGUCCAGCAGCUCACUGUGCAGGGAGGUGGUCUGCAGCCCCUUCGUCAAAGGGGUCUAUGAGCGCUACCGCUGUAGGAACAUGCGCUGCGGGCCCCUCAACCUGACCAUGGCUUCCGAGUCCUGCCUGCUGAAGGAGCACAGAGCCAUCAAGGUGGUGAGGGUGCGCCAGCUGGAAACUCUCCGUCCUCUGGCUGAGGACCCACGUCUCGAUGUGAAAUUUAUCCAGCUGGUUCGGGAUCCUCGCGCCGUGCUCUCCUCCCGUAUGGUGGCCUUCCCUGGCAAAUACAAAACUUGGAGCAAUUGGUUUAUGAAUACGGACGUGCUCAUCGACGACAACGAGGUGAAGAAGCUGAAGAGCAACUGCGACAAUAUCAGGAUGUCGGUGGAGCUCGGCCUCAGGCAGCCGGUGUGGCUGCACGACCGCUACAUGCUGGUGCGCUAUGAGGACGUCGCCCGCUUACCCAUGAAGAAGGCGUCCGAGAUAUACAAAUUCACCGGGAUCCCGUUCACGCCGCAGGUCAAUGACUGGAUCCUGAAGAGCACGCAGGCCUCUAAGGAGACCAGAGGAAUUUACUCUACGCAAAAGAACUCCGCCGAGCAAGUGGAGAAGUGGCGCUUCAGUUUGCCCUUCAAGGCAGUCCAGUUGGUCCAGAAGGUCUGCGGGUCCACGCUGAAACUCUUCGGGUACAAAUUUGUGACGAGUGAAGAGAUGCUAAGAGACAAGUCUGUCAGCUUGAUAGAAGAUUUUUUGUAGACCCUGAUGGACAAAAAGUUUUUAUUUAUUAGGCUCUUUUUUUAAUUCUGAUAUUUAACACGGUUUUACUUUGUUUUACUAUUUAAAAUAGCCAGAGGAAUCGAUUUAGUGUUGACCACAAGAAGCAUAUUUAAAAGGAAGCACAGCAUGUGAAAAGCUUGCUUUGUUUUUUUGCACUCGGGACCAUUUUAUCAUUCACAUUCACACAAACAUAAACUGGCUUGUUGAGUUGUACCUCUGAGCAAAUAGAAGCAUUCCUAAAAGAGAAAGUCAAUGGGGGGGGCAGUAAACAUUAACAGGUCGGCUGUGGGAAACUCCACUAACUGUUUCCAGUUCCUGAGUUGGCAACCAAAGAAACGCCAAAAGAAAGGGUAGCUUUAUAAAAAUAAAGGAAAAAAAAUGAAGGAAAAGGCUAUUUCCACCAAUAUUCAGUCACUCCAGUGUCCUCAGCAUUCCUCAUUUGCUGGUUGAUGUUCAUGCAUAUUGCUAACUGUUUGAAGUGGUUGUAGCGACUGUAAGGACCAAUUUGGUGAAACCAGAUGUUUAGAUUUCUGCCCAAACGCAAACAUUCCGGACCCUGCAGCUGGUUUGCAGAUCGGUGCGACAUUUGUUUGCGAGUCUCAUGUCUGUUGACACAAGUUUCUUGACGGCUGAUAAAGAGACGCCGAGAAAGAAUGAGGCCUUGAUACCGUAGUCAGCGCCACCCGACCUUUCAGGUUGUUUCUCUUUACGUUGGUCGCAAUAAACCAGCUUUGACACUGACUUGUGAGUCCUGUCAUUGUGUCGAGGACGCAGGGUUAGUGCCACAUGGUUAUGUUGGUUUAUGACCUUGUUUGGAAGCGUUAUCGCUUAACUCUUAUCAUUGGGCAAUGAUGCUGUAAAAGGAAGUGCACAAACACUGUACAAGAGGCAGAAGAGAAGAAAAAAAAGUGCUAUGCAGUGCAAACUAAGGCCGUGCGGGGAUAGGGUUCAAAUAAUGAAAAACUGAGUAAAAAUUGCCUCUAUGAAUAGCUUAAACCCAAAACACUGUAAUAUUAUUGCAAACUCAUUUUACCACAUUACCCUUCAAACUAAAUGGCGCACAUAAACAUAAACGUUAUGAUGACUCUUCCUAACUUCCACUAAUAGCAAAGACUAAACUUAGCUCCUCACUGACAUACCGCUACUAAGCUUGUCUCUCAGUCGAGAUUUAUCCCAUUAACAUAUAGUAGUGUAGUACUUUGUAGUACUAACCUAACCUUCCACAAGACACACAACACAAAUGAGUGAAUAUUGAACUACAAAUAUUUGUGGAAUUACUGUAUUAAUUUUUGAGUUAGUAAACUAUGCUAUGCUAGCUGGAUAAUGGAGAUGGUUGUCACAACACAACCAACAACACAAAACUGCACCAGGAGAGCAGAAAUGUUCGUUUGUAUGUCGCCGCUUCACAACCGCUAAAAAUACCAAUGACUAUUUUCCUCUUACUCAUUUUGUUAUGUUUCUGUCUGAGUGAUACCUAGAUACUCUCAAUUUUUCCGCAAGUGACUAUCUUUAGUUGGGCACUGUAGCUUACGAUCCGCUGUUAACUAUCACCACAGCCAUUAGUGAUCUGGACCUUUGUCUGCAUCAUCUUGAGGUUUACCGUCCUGCCGUCUCCGGCGUCAACCCACCAAGCAGCCUCGCCUGCAUAUCGGACCUGUACCGGAAUCUUCCAUUAUGUUGCUGUUCGCUGUCAAGAUAGCCAUUUAUCAGCUGGUAGCCAAUGCUAUCUACUCCUAUGCUAACUUGGCGCACCUAACACACUCACCCUUUUAAUUACCUUCAUGAGUUAUUAUUAUUGUCAUUGGGUUCCUUGAAGGCUGCUGUAUAAAUCUAAGCUAUUUUUAUUAUUAUUUUUAUUGUAAGAGGAUUUUUUUUUAUAUUGAUACCUGUAUGUACUGUAUAUGGACCUAAUGUAUGUCAUGUCUGGGGGACUAUAUUACAGGGAUGGUACUGGCGGAAGGAUAUGUGGUGAGGUGCCGAAGUGUAAUGAGGCGUGAGACGGUGGUGUUCGUGCCCUGAAGCCGAGUGGCUGAAUAAAGUUUCCUCCCCGAGUGCUGUUUUUCCA